AUGAUCCAGAACCUGCCGUGGGCAUUGGCACCGGCCCAGACAUUCGUGGUCUAUGCGGCCCACGGACAGGCACUCGAUGUCACCAAUGCCUUGAGUAGCCUGUCAGUCAUCACACUACUGACCAACUCGGCUUCCAAGCUGCUGAGUGCUAUACCUUCAACGGCAGCAGCCGUCGGAUGUUUUGAUAGGAUCCAAGCAUGUCUCUUGAUUCCUAUCGGGCAACCCAGCCAAGGGACUGUAGCUGAUAUCGUGAAACAUCCUCACGUUCGCACCCGCAUGAGCUCUGAAAGCUUGGUGUCUCUCCCGCUGAGAAACAUCGUUAUCGUGGAGCGUCUCUUUGGGGAUAAUGGUCUUCAUCGAAGGCUCAGGUGGACUGUCAUCUUCGUGACACAUGGAACGGAAUACGUCUCCUACGCCGAUCAAGGUUUAGUCUUGUCUAACGGCAACCUCCGGCAGAAAGAAACUCAUGAACGAAAACUUUGCACACCAGAUCCUUCAUUUGCGGCUGUCGAUGAGCUAGACGAAGAAAGAGAGCACAUGAAGCCCGCCAUCAAGGAUUCAGCAGCUCAAGUCUCUCAAGGGAAUCAGAUCAACAAUCUGGAAAGGGUCCUGGAGAUAUCGCUCGGUUCUAUCUCGCGCGUGAGAGAUUUCGAUCCAGAUGUCACCCACAAAGACGAAGGUCAGAAGAUAAAAGCCCCCAGUGACUGGCCCAACCGGGGAGCAAUUGAAUUUUCGGAAGUGACUGCGCAGUAUAGUCCGGAUGCCGUUGCUUUGACGGACAUCUCUUUCAAGGCCCACCCUGGUCAGGAGAUUGGCAUUUGCGGACGCACUGGAAGCUCCCUCUUACCUACCCUGCUCGGCAUGCUCGACAUCACCCGUGGGUCUGUUGUCAUUGAUAAUAUUGACCUCGCCACCAUGCCCCGCUGCACCGUGAGACUCAACGUAGACCCAGCCGGACAGCUCUCCGAUACCGACAUGAUCGCUACCCUGGACCGAGUCGGACUCUGGAAGGACGUAUUCAAAGCGAGAGGCGGACUCGACGCGGAGAUCAAAGAUACUCUGUCCUUAUCGCGCGGUCAGCAGCAGCUUCUGGAGCUUGGGCAUGCGACGCUGAGACUUCGCGUAAGCCACGCCAAGUUUGACAGUGGCGUGGACGUGGAAACAGAUGCCCGAAUGCAGGAAACUUUGCGACAGGCGCCGUGCAACACAUGCACAAUUUUGACCGUGGCGCAUCGCAUCCGCACCAUCCAGGAUUCGGAUCUGGUUCUCGUGCUGGACAAAGGAAGGGUGGUGGGGAUGGAUGAACCAGAGAGUCUUGCUAGUCGGAGCGGAGGGAUCUUCGCCAGCCUUUUGAAUAGUCACUCGCCAUGAGUGAAUUCUCCACCAUUGUUGAGACCGUCCGGCUUAGGGUCGGAAGGUGCCGACGCCGGACUUGGAUGGCCCUCCAUCAGCCCGGCACAUAUCUAGUUGAAAGGGUGCAAGCCAGCCCCGGCUACACCGGGCGUAGGGUAGCUGCACAAUAUACUUCGUAGAGUAAUAGACCUACACUAGAUAGCGUGCCGGAUGCGGGCUAUCGAUGCAAGUUCGAAUCUCGCGGAUGCUGAUUGGUGGAGCAGCAGCACAUCAUGUGAUGAGCGCCUGACAGGCCGGGAGACGCACGUGGCCCAGUGUUGGCCCUCUGCCCCCUGUGGUGAAGUCGAACCACUUCCGCUUCGUGUGCCGGUGGAGCAGACCGGUUAUC